GUACUAAUUCUUCCGGUGUGGGCACACGCAGCGUCUGAGCUCGCAUCUGCAAUCUCUCGUGUUACGAAUCUGAGCGGUUCGCUGUUGUCUUGCGGUCGAUUGGGAGAGAGGGUGUGAGAAUUCUUGGCGAAAUGGGCAAAAUGUGCAGCUGCAUUUGGGGCGACUGAGUUGCGAAGAGCAGUGAACUGAGUGGACAGAGAAAGAGCGAGAGAGAGAGAGAGAGAGAGAGUGACAGAGGGCAGUGCAUGGAUGUCCCCAAAUGACUCCGCACUAGCAUUUAAUUUAGAUAUUAGAGGCAGAAGCAUCGGGACAAUUAAUUGACCAUUAAUUCCUCAUAAGUCAUAAUUAAUGUAGAUUGAUUGUUGAUUCAAUUUACUCUCGAGUCCAGCGGCCAGAGAUUAUCGGAAUUAAUUAAUUUAUUGACCGUACACCAAACUAUUUGUGUUUGGUGCAGACUUCAAGUUGACGGCCCGAAGUUGUUGUCCCGCGAGGCCCAUCUGUUUGCGCUCUCUGUUGCGUAUAUUCUGCGUGUCCGCGGGUGGAGCGCGUGCGAGGGGGCGCUUUUCAAUGAAAAAUACCACAAACUGGUAAACACACGAGUGAAUAAAUAAAUUUAAUUUGGAAAAAGCAGAGGGUUGAAAUGGUCGCAGUGUGAGAUGAAAAGCACUUCAAUGGGUUGCACACCCGCAGCAUAAAGCACAUAUACAUAUACAUACCAUUUGACACAGUCAAAGGGACAGCGCUCGCACAAAUUAAUCUAAAUUGAGAGGAUAAAUUAUUGUGCAGGAGUUUAAUGUGCCGUUUUUCCCGCUAAAUGCGCUCACCGUCAACCCUCGAGGACAAUUAUUGUGCUGGGUGAAUGUGCGGAUCGCGUCUGUCCACUCGAAACCUCUCAAGUUUUUCCUCUCUCUCCGCGCGCGUGUUCCAGUGAAAGUGGAGGUUUCGGGCAGACUGUGAAUUCUUCAGUGCUAAUAACACUUGUUCGCCUCGAGGUGUUCCCAAGUGGACGAGGAUUCAAUUAACCCGGCUGACAUUGCAUCCACCAUGGAGGCGAGAACGCUCCACUGUCUCCUGCUCUUCUUCCUCUUGCAAGGUUCGAUUGCCGCCCUAAGACUGACGGAAGUUCGCAUUCCCAACCACACAGUUCGCGGAAGCCCAGCACGCCUUGAGUGCCACUACGAGAUGGACGGGGAGGCUCUCUACUCCGUUAAAUGGUACAAAGACGGCAACGAGUUCUAUCGCUAUGUGCCCAGGGACAUGCCUCCGGUGCUCAUUUUCCCACUGCCUGGCGUCUCAGUCGAUCUUCACAACUCAACGGACACUCUGGUGGUGCUGCAGUCAGUAAACUUGUCCGCAUCCGGCAGAUACAGAUGUGAAGUAUCCGCAGAAGCGCCCUCCUUCCAGACAGUCUCCGACCAUGGCGAUAUGAUAGUUGUUGCUCUCCCCGAGGAAGGACCGCGCAUCAUGGGCGGCAGACCGAGAUACCAGAUUGGCGAUGUCGUCAGGGUGAAUUGCACUUCGGGCAGAUCCAAACCGGCCACUCAUCUGAGCUGGUUCAUCAAUGGUGAACACGCAGAUCCGGCCUUUCUCAGGAAUUACAACCCUUUGAUCACUGGUCGCGAAGGUCUGGAGACAUCAACUCUCGGUCUGGAGUUCCGCGUGAGGCCGAAGCACUUCAAGAAGGGCGAUAUGAAGUUGAAGUGUCUGGCGACAAUUGCGACGGUGUACUGGCGCAGCAACGAGGAAAGUGUGGAGGGUGAUAAGCCGCAAAAAGCUCCGGUCCUUGAAUCGCGCGAAACCGUCUACGCCAGCAAUUCCCGUGCUGAUCGUGUUCAAGCAAACAAUUCCGCUUCGAUUUUCGAGAACAGUCACUUGAGACUUGUUACAUUCCUGCUGACACUAGUUCUCACAACUGCCGGCACCAGUCCAUUCCAAUCGCUCUCCGGCAGUGAUAAUGGUGCCACUUCUGCCGCCAGGUAGCUCAUCCCAGCGCCGCAGCACCGCCAGCGCCUCUUCUGAGGCGCCGGCGAGGAGUUCGCCCACGAGUGGGAAGGCAUCCUCGGGUGCUCCUGCCAAGACGUCUCUGAAUCACACUGAGAUUCCACGUGAAAUCCAUAAAUUGUGUACACCACGCCCGCCCUCUUGAAUUUUAAUAGUGAAUUUUCCACAAGAAUUGCCGCCACCUCACAAUACAAAAUGAGCAAAAGUGUGCACGAGUCCAUGGUGAAAUUAUGCAGAGGUUUGGAUAGCACGCAAAAGGCCAGCAGACGAAUGGCACACACUAUCUUGGAGGGAUGAAUGUAAUUUUAGACGAUACAUAUCGACAUCUAUUGCCAAAGAACCUUUGUAACGAUUUAUUUUCGUCUUGAAAUUGUAUUUUGAAUGUACAUGAUCUUGAAAUCAACAUUUUCAUUGAUUGAAUGGAAAAUUUUUAACAAAACCAUUUUGGGAAAAUGGGAAAAAUUACUGGGAAAAUAAUAUAUUGUCAGUGAUGGCAGUUUUAUUCAAUAUUUUUCUUUUUCUAUCGAAAAAAAACAAAAUUUUAAUUAUUAUUCACUUAAAACUCUUUGGUAAAUUGGCUAAAAUCACUUUAUUUUUCGUAAUUCAAAGAUUGAGCUUUGAAAAUGUAUUUGCCGUCACUGACUUUAGCAAAUCAAAGGGAAAUAUCACUUCGAGAAGAAAUCAUCUUGCGAAUCUCUUUUGAGGGCAUUCUUUCUUAGUUAAUAAGUUGCAUUAUACCAAAAUUGUGAUGUUUUACCGAGAUGAAGAGGGAAAAAGUAAUUUAACUAUAUCUUAUUCUCUAUAACAAUUAAUUCCUGUUCAUAUAAAUGAGAAGAAAAGUGAAUUUACCAAAAAAAAAGAGUUACGUGAAAACAAUUUCGAAAUAUUAAUUAAAAGUUGAAUAUAUAUGAAGCGAUAUGGGACAUUAAAUGUAUCACUCUUGUGGAGUAUAUAUCAGUAUAAUUGAAUGGGAGAAGUCAUUAAUUUUUUAGGUGAAAUUUUAAUGAAGGAAAAAUUUCAAAUGAGUCAAAUGAAAUUCAAAACCUUAUGAAAUUUAAUAUCUUCUAUACAAAUAAUAUUAAAAAUAAAGAGAAAAAAAGUAUUGAAAUAUAAAUGAGAAGAAAAACCCUUUUCUUGUAUAAAUGUUUUAAGAUGAAAUAAAGAAACUCUAACAAACAUUGUCAUUGAAUGUAAUUUUAAAUUAAGACACAGAAUCUAUACAAAUGGAAGUGUUUUAGCGUCUUUCUUUUUUUGUUUCAAGAGCAGAAGAAGAGGAAAAUAUGUCAAAGAAUGGGAGAGUGUAAUACAAAAGUUGGAGUGUCUUUGACAAAUGGCUGAAAAGAGAUACGCAUUGAAUAUAUAUUGAUGAAAAAAUUGCAGUAAUUCCUGUAAAAAGAAAAUAUUAUUGUAAAUAUGAAUGAAGAAGAAAAA